AUGGUUACCCAUCAGCUUGCCAGCGCCAUUGGCUACUUGACCGAAUUGCAGUGGGCAGGAUUCCCCUUAUUGGACUUGCUGCAUGCCGUCCUCAUUGCCUAUAUCUACCGAUCAGCCCUGGCAGAACACCAUAGCCGUAUUGGAUGGGGUCAAGGCUUGGUUGCCACCAUAGUCAUGGCAGCAGGUGGUGGUUCGACUAUUGCCAUCAUUCGAGGCGAGCCUGUGGGUAUCUUGAAGAGCAACGAGUUCUGGAUCAUGUAUGGUGCUGCCUAUGCCAUCAUGUUUGCACAUACCUUUGUCUAUGAAGCAUUCAAGUUUUUAUUCAGCAUUCCUUUGGUGGAAGAGGUCUUUACAGUGGUGGAUGCCAUUCUACGCAACAUUGCCAUUGUUCGAUUCGGUGUGGAUGGUGUGGAUGGUGCUUUGGGCCCUGGCAAGUGGGUGGCCAAGUUGAUUUGUGGCACCUUGGCUGGUGCUGGUGGCGGUUUCUGGAUUGAUUCGUUUCAAUUGACUCAUCAUCAUUGGUCAUUCUCAACCCCUCGUUGGCUUCAUGAAGCUACGAUCGACGUCAAGGCAUCUUUUGUUACAGCCCUCUUUUAUAUGCUUGCCACCAAUGAAGCAUUCAGCCAAUGGAGUGGAUUCCCUUUGUUGUCACGUGAUGAUGCCGAGACAUGGAGUGCCGUGGUAUUGUCUGCUGGAUUGGUAUACGGCGUGAUCAUUGGCCGUCAACGAAAGCAACAAGAGCAAAAGGAAGCCAAGCAAAAGCAACAAUAG